CCUUCGCCUUGUGAGUGGUGUCGCUGUGAACCAAAUAACGAGGUGCACUGUGUGGUGUCUGACUGUGCCAUCCCAGAGUGUGUCAACCCAGUCUACGAGCCAGAACAGUGCUGUCCCAUCUGUAAAAACGGUAAGGCGCUUUCUGUCGUGUGUUUCUGACACACACACACACACGUUUUACUGAAAUGCUUUAUGUAUAUCAACCUUACGAUUGCAUUGCUGGUUGUUGUGCACAUGUAGUCUGGUAAACCAGACCAUUGUUUCACAGAACAGAAUGAUGAACAUAGCUAUUUGUCUGGUUGACCAGGCUAGUGUGUUUGUAUAUUUCUUGCUGAUCUUGUGUUUUUAUUGUGAGCGCGCUGGAGAGUUACAUUUCUAAAGGAUUCAUUACACAUUCAUUACGCAAAUAACCUUGAAACAUGUAACUGUUUGAACCUCAACCCACACACACACACUACAAAAUAAUAACACUUUUAUCACAUCGAAACCAACCAAAAGAUGAUCUCUUCCUCUACGUCUAUCUUUUCAUGAUCAGAGUCUUCAGUCUCUUUAAUCGAGGACGUCCGUCUUUUAUGUUUUACUGUGUAUUAAAUAAUUUAUUUGGGGGGUUGCCCGGGCGCUAAUGAGGACAAUACUAACUGCUUUAAUUAAAUACAACCCACUAAGCAGAAUUAACACUGCAAAUGUGUAUGAGUCUCAGGACCCUGUAUUUGUGUAAAACUAGGCCCUCAAAACAAGGCCUAAUGAAAUAUGUAUGAUAUAUAGUUACGUUUGAUACCGGAGCUCCAAGGCAUGUCGAAUUCGCUAAGCAGUGUACUUCGAAGCGGUGUGCCGAUGCCUGUAUCACUUUAUCAGAAGCACGUGAUCAAUGACGUCUGAAGCUUUGAUUGGUUUGGUAGAAGACGAAAAGGCUACGCUGCGUACGUGCUACGGGGUGUGGGAUGUCAUCUAUAAAAUUGGCUGAUCUAAAUUAUUUUGACCAGCAGGUGCCACUAAUGUACACUGUGUUGAUCAAAGCCUCGAGUAAUGAACCUAUUUGCUAUUUUACAGUUAGCAUCCCAAAUGGCACCCUAUUCCCUGGUGGACUACUUUCGACCACACUGUAAACGUUUCCUGUGAAAUUUACAGUAACUUACUGACAGCUAUUGGCCAGUAAGUUACUGUAAUUUAUUUUACAGUACAGCUAAUGUAAUCCAUUUUACGUUAAUCCAUUUUACAGUACCAAAAUGGUAUAUUACUAGAAGUAUCCAUUGCACGUUUUCAUUUUUUCCAUUUACAUUUUGGUCAUUUAGCGGGCACUCUUGUCCUUAGCAACUUACAGUCAGUGCAUUCAACCAAGGUUGAUAAAAAAAAAACAUAUCACAGUCAUAGCAAGUAAAACGUUUCUGUAACCGAUACAUUGGUCUUCAAAAUAAUUUUAAUUACAACAAGAUAUCUUAUGAUAUAGCUCUGACCAUCUCUGGAUAGUGCCAAUACAAUACUGAGAUAUUCAAGAUAACUUAAUGCCAGAGCAAUGAAACACAGUAAAACACAGUAAAAGUGACUAUUGAACCGUAAGAAAAUUAUUUCUACAGUAUUUUACUGUAAUUACAAGGGAUUAGACCAAGCAGGUUGUCUGUAGGCAUUUACAUAUUACAGCAUAUUAAUAAAUACUAGGUGUUUAUAUCAGUUACACUUUAGGCCUUAAAAAAGGCUUCUAAAGUGACAGUGACUACAGGGUAAAACAGAUAAAAAGAACAUGGCUAACCACUCAUUCAUUAAAGGUCCAUUUAUUUGGUUAUUACAAAAUUCAAUACAUGUUAAAAUUUCUAAUCAAAUUUAGUUAAACUCCAAAAAUAAUAAACAACUCAAACAAAAAAGUAUCAAUCCAACGUAUGUCAAAUCAAAUCAAAAGAAAAACAAACAAUCAUCAGUCCAUCAAUUUGUCAGUCAGUCAUGGUUGGUCUGGUGGAGUGGUUGACAGUGUGUUUGUGUUGUUGUGUUGGGUGAGGGGAAGUGUCUGAGCUGGAAGUUGCUGGAUGAAGGUGUCGGUUAUGGUUGGUCAGUGUUGAGGCUGGGACAGGGAAAACCUGGGCAGGUUGGAAAUCGUGCUGGUACCAGGGCUGGAAAACCAGGGGUUGGUGCUGGGUCUGUGAGAGAACAGGAACCAGGAACUGGACUCUGUAAAGGGGAGGAAAGACAAUCUUUAAAGGUUUGAUACUUGCUGCCACUAAGGGAACCACUACUACGUUUCACUUAAAUUAAAUCAAUCACUUAAAUUGGUACAGCACUCUCACUAACGGGUAGAACAAAUAUAGCCUCUUACAAAACACGCCUCAAAAUAUGUUAAUGUCAGACUCUUUUCCCGCCCACAACAUUUUCCCACAAUGCACCAUCAUUAAUACUGUAAAACACAUUUAAGGUAUUUUACUAUUUUACUGUGCAUUCUACAGUGUUUUACUGUUGAAAUUACAGUGUGCUGUAAAAUAAAUGUACAGUAUUUUACUGUGCAUCCUACGGUAAUCUACUAUAUUCAGUUUACACAGUAUUGUACUGUUGAUUACAGUAAGUUACUAAUAAAAUUACAAAAACGGCUAACAUUGUAGGGCCCACCGUGUGCCAUAUGGGACACACACAUAGCCAUGGAGAAUAAUCUUUAACAUGCAUCAGCAGACACACAUACUUUGACUAAAGUACUCUGACUUGCAGAGGGCUUCAUCAGGCUUUCUUCAAGGUUUCCUUAGGCAAAUUAAGCUGAGAAUCCCUAAGCACUAUGCAAAUGUAGCUACGUUUAGCCUUGAACAACCUAGCUCUAUCCUAAAGGGAUAUAAAUUAACUUAUAUGAAUUUGAUUUAAAUAUGAAUUUACUUUAUGUAAGAUACAUUUAAAUUAUUCACAAGUAAAUGUAGCUUACAUAAAGUUGUUUUACACUUUUGCAGGAAAAAUACACAUGGGAACUAGUCUUAUUAAUCUGACCUGUCGGUCACUGUAUUCCUGAUUGACAGUCAUGUGACAACAUAGAGACACAGGUAACAUGUAUCCCUGUAAACAACCACACUUGGCAGGGCAGCUCGAUGCCCCAUUCUCUCAUCAUCCUCUGCCCGGUUUGUCUAUGACUAGUGCCAGCUGUACUGAGGGUGGGUAGUGGAUCAAUGAGAAUUAGGACUUGGCAUCAGGCCGCUCACGAUAUCUCCAUUGAGGUAGAGGUUGAUCGAUGGGCUUUUAUCAUGUCUUAGUAGACCACGAGAUGAGAAUCGGCCUGGGCAUGGAAGAGAGGAGUAUGGGUACAGUGGGGGAAAAAAGUAUUUAGUCAGCCACCAAUUGUGCAAGUUCUCCCACUUAAAAAGAUGAGAGAGGCCUGUAAUUUUCAUCAUAGGUACACGUCAACUUUGACAGACAAAUUGAGAAAAAAAAUCAAAAAAAUCACAUUGUAGGAUUUUUAAUGAAUUUAUUUGCAAAUGAUGGUGGAAAAUAAGUAUUUGGUCAAUAACAAAAGUUUCUCAAUACUUUGUUAUAUCCCCUUUGUUGGCAAUGACACAGGUCAAACGUUUUCUGUAAGUCUUCACAAGGUUUUCACACACUGUUGCUGGUAUUUUGGCCCAUUCCACCAUGCAGAUCUCCUCUAGAGCAGUGAUGUUUUGGGGCUGUCGCUGGGCAACACAGACUUUCAACUCCCUCCAAAGAUUUUCUAUGGGGUUGAGAUCUGAAGACUGGCUAGGCCACUCCAGGACCUUGAAAUGCUUCUUACGAAGCCACUCCUUCGUUGCCCGGGCGGUGUGUUUGGGAUCAUUGUCAUGCUGAAAGACCCAGCCACGUUUCAUCUUCAAUGCCCUUGCUGAUGGAAGGAGGUUUUCACUCAAAAUCUCACGAUACAUGGCCCCAUUCAUUCUUUCCUUUACACGGAUCAGUCGUCCUGGUCCCUUUGCAGAAAAACAGCCCCAAAGCAUGAUGUUUCCACCCCCAUGCUUCACAGUAGGUAUGGUGUUCUUUGGAUGCAACUCAGCAUUCUUUGUCCUCCAAACACGACGAGUUGAGUUUUUACCAAAAAGUUCUAUUUUGGUUUCAUCUGACCAUAUGACAUUCUCCCAAUCCUCUUCUGGAUCAUUCAAAUGCACUCUAGCAAACUUCAGACGGGCCUGGACAUGUACUGGCUUAAGCAGGGGGACACGUCUGGCACUGCAGGAUUUGAGUCCCUGGCGGCGUAGUGUGUUACUGAUGGUAGGCUUUGUUACUUUGGUCCCAGCUCUCUGCAGGUCAUUCACUAGGUCCCCCCGUGUGGUUCUGGGAUUUUUGCUCACCGUUCUUGUGAUCAUUUUGACUCCAUGGGGUGAGAUCUUGCGUGGAGCCCCAGAUCGAGGAAGAUUAUCAGUGGUCUUGUAUGUCUUCUAUUUCCUAAUAAUUGCUCCCACAGUUGAUUUCUUCAAACCAAGCUGCUUACCUAUUGCAGAUUCAGUCUUCCCAGCCUGGUGCAGGUCUACAAUUUUGUUUCUGGUGUCAUUUGACAGCUCUUUGGUCUUGGCCAUAGUGGAGUUUGGAGUGUGACUGUUUGAGGUUGUGGACAGGUGUCUUUUAUACUGAUAACAAGUUCAAACAGGUGCCAUUAAUACAGGUAACGAGUGGAGGACAGAGGAGCCUCUUAAAGAGCCAGAAAUCUUGCUUGUUUGUAGGUGACCAAAUACUUAUUUUCCACCAUAAUUUGCUAAUAAAUUCAUAAAAAAUCCUACAAUGUGAUUUUCUGGAGAAAAAAAAUCUCAAUUUGUCUGUCAUAGUUGACGUGUACCUAUGAUGAAAAUUACAGGCCUCUCUCAUCUUUUUUAGUGGGAGAACUUGCACAAUUGGUGGCUGACUAAAUACUUUUUCCCCCCACUGUAGCCUAAGGUGCUGGAAGGAGGUGGUGCUAGGCUAGAUAGUGUUUGAUGUAUUAUACAGUCUAUUUGAUGCCAUUAGAUUUGUUUGUUCCAGCAGACACUGGUUUCGAUUUGGUUCAGUGUAGUCUUGCACUGCUACACUUCCAAGUCUUGUGUGUUCACUCCGCUAUUACUCAAGAAAACCGGAAACCGAGGUUCGUUCCAGAGCAGCUGAAGGGUGUUUCCAAAUGCCUGGCUCUCUGUUAAAACACUAAACUCCUGGACAAGAAAAUCAUGCCGUCUGGUUUGCUUAGUAUAAAUCUAAUCAAAUGUUAUUUGUCACAUGCUUCAUAAACAACAGGUGUAGACUAACAGUGAAAUGCUUUCUUAUAGGCCAAUCCCAAUAAUCCAGAGAGGAACAUUUUUAAAUAACCAAGCGGUGAUACAGCCAGUCAAGAUGCUCUCAAUGGUGCAGCUGUAGAACGUUUUGAGGAUCUGAGGGCCCAUGCCAAAUCUUUUCAGCCUCCUGAGGGGGAAGAGGCGUUGUCGUGCCCUUUUCACGACUGUGUUGAUGUGUGUGGAACAUGAUAGUUCCUUAGUGAUGUGGACACAGAUGAACUUGAAGCUCUCAACCUGUUCCACAACAGCCCCGUCGAUGUGGAUUGGGGCGUGCUCGGCCCCCUGUUUCCUGUAGUCCAUUAUCAGCUCCUUUGUCUUGCUGACGUUGAGGGAGAGGUUGUUGUCCUGGCACCACACUGCCAGGUCUCUGACCUCCUCCCUGUAGGCCACAGGUGUCAAACUCAUUCCACGGAGGGCCAAGUGUCUGCGGGUUUUUGCUCAUCCUUUGUACUUAAUUGAUGAAUUAAGGUCACAAAUUAGUAAGGAACUCCCCUCACCUGGUUGUCUAAGGGCUUAAUUGAAAGAGAAAACCAAAAACAUGCAGACACUAGGCCUCCAUGGAAUGAGUUUGACAGCCCUGCUGUAGGCUGUCUAAUCGUCGUCGGUGAUCAGUCCUACCACUGUCGUGUCAUUAGCAAACUUAAUGAUCGUGUUGGAGACGUGUAUGGCCGUGCAGUCGUGGGUGAACAGGGAGUACAGGAGGGGACUAAGCACGCACCACUGAGGGGACCCUAUGUUGAAGGUCAGCGUGGCGGAGGUGUUGUUGCCUACCUUCACCACCUGGGGGCGGACUGUCACGAAGUCCAGGACCAGUUACAUAGGGAGGUGUUUAAUCCCAGGGUCCUUAGAUUAGUGAUGAUCUUGGAGGGCACAAUGGUAUUGAACGCUGAGUUAUAGUCAAUGAACAGCAUUCUCACAUAGGUGUUCCUUUUGUCCAGGUGGGAAAGGGCAGUGUGGAGUGCAAUAGAGAUUGCGUCAUCUGUGGAUAUUUUGGGGCGGUAUUCAAAUUGGAGUGGGUUCAGGGUGUCUGAUGAUGGUGUUGAUGUGAGCCAUGACCAGCCUUUCAAAGCAUUUCAUGGCUACAGAUGUGAGUGCUAUAGGGCGGUAGUUAUUUAGACAGGUUACCUUGACAUUCUUGAGCACAGGGACUAUGGUGGUCUGCUUGAAACAUGUAGGUAUUACAGACUGGGUCAGGGAGAGGUUGAAAAUAUCAGUGAAGACACUUACCAGCUGGUCAACGCAUGCUCUGAGUACGCAUUACUGUAAUACGCCAGGUGAAUGUUAACCUGUUUAAAGGUCUUACUCACAUCGGCUAUGGAGAGCGUGAUCACACAGUCGUCCGGAACAGCUGGUGCUCUCAUGCAUAGUUCAAUGUUGCUAGCCUCGAAGUGCGCAUAGAAGGUAUUUAUCUCGUUUGGUAGGCUUGUGUCACUGGGAAACUCGUGGCUGGUUUUCCCUUUGUAAUCUGUGAUAGCUUGCAAGCCCUGCCACAUCCUACAAGCGUUAGAGCCGGUGUAGUAGGAUUCGACAUUGGUCCUGUAUUGACGCUUUGCCUGUUUGAUGGUUCAUCGGAGGAAUUUGAUGUAGAGCAUUUACUUUUACUCAAGUAUAAUUUAGGCCCUGCAAUAGACUUGUGUCCUGUAGCUCAGUUGGUAGAGCAUGGCGCUUGCAACGCCAGGGUUGUGGGUUCGUUUCCCACGGGGGCCAGUAUGAAAAUGUAUGCACUCACUAACUGUAAGUUGCUCUGGAUAAGAGCGUCUGCUAAAUGACUAAAAUCUAAAUACAGGGGGUGUACUUGUACAGCAAGCUACUUCACGCUACAGAAACAGGAGAUAGGCUCCUGCCCUAUGGGCCGUUCUGUUUCGGACAAGGCUAGCUACUUACUUUACAUUACUUUUGAAUCAGGAUCAUCUGCAGCCAGGCAGCAGGGACACAAUCUGGACAUGAUUAUCUGUUCCAAGAUAUGAAAUAGCCUGCUAGGAUUUCCUAAUCUCAGCACCCAGAACCAAAUCUCACAUGCAUGCUGGGCAACAUUAAUUGUUAAGUCUGUCACAAGAGACUUGUAGGAAGAUAAUAUUAUAACAUUAUCCAAAGCGACUUACUGUCCUGUGUGCAUUAAUUUUACGUAUAGGUGAUCCUGGGAAUCGAACCCACUAACUUGCCGCGCAAUGCUCUACCAAAUAACUUUCCACAGAGGCUGAGGAGGCCUUUCCAUGCAGAAUUGGAAUCUAGGAGUGACUUUCUCUCUCUCUCUGUGUGUGUGUGUAUGUACAGUGGGGGGAAAAAAGUAUUUAGUCAGCCACCAAUUGUGCAAGUUCUCCCAUUUAAAAAGAUGAGAGAGGCCUGUAAUUUUCAUCAUAGGUACACGUCAACUAUGACAGACAAAAUGAGAAAAGAAAAUCCAGAAAAUCACAUUGUAGGAUUUUUAAUGAAUUUAUUUGCAAAUUAUGGUGGAAAAUAAGUAUUUGGUCAAUAACAAAAGUUUCUCAAUACUUUGUUAUAUACCCUUUGUUGGCAAUGACACAGGUCAAACGUUUUCUGUAAGUCUUCACAAGGUUUUCACACACUGUUGCUGGUAUUUUGACCCAUUCCUCCAUGCAGAUCUUCUCUUGAGCAGUGAUGUUUUGGGUCUCUCGCUGGGCAACACGGACAAUCAACUCCCUCCAAAGAUUUUCUAUGGGGUUGAGAUCUGGAGACUGGCUAGGCCACUCCAGGACCUUGAAAUGCUUCUUACAAAGCCACUCCUUCGUUGCCCGGGCGGUGUGUUUGGGAUCAUUGUCAUGCUGAAAGACCCAGCCACGUUUCAUCUUCAAUGCCCUUGCUGAUGGAAGGAGGUUUUCACUCAAAAUCUCACGAUACAUGGCCCCAUUCAUUCUUUCCUUUACACGGAUCAGUCGUCCUGGUCCCUUUGCAGAAAAACAGCCCCAAAGCAUGAUGUUUCCACCCCCAUGCUUCACAGUAGGUAUGGUGUUCUUUGGAUGCAACUCAGCAUUCUUUGUCCUCCAAACACGACGAGUUGAGUUUUUACCAAAAAGUUAUAUUUUGGUUUCUUCUGACCAUAUAACAUUCUCCCAAUCCUCUUCUGGAUCAUCCAAAUGCACUCUAGCAAACUUCAGACGGGCCUGGACAUGUACUGGCUUAAGCAGGGGAGCACGUCUUGCACUGCAGGAUUUGAGUCCCUGGCGGCGUAGUGUGUUACUGAUGGUAGGCUUUGUUACUUUGGUCCCAGCUCUCUGCAGGUCAUUCACUAGGUCCCCCCGUGUGGUUCUGGGAUUUUUGCUCACCGUUCUUGUGAUCAUUUUGACCCCACAGGGUGAGAUCUUGCGUGGAGCCCCAGAUCGAGGGAGAUUAUCAGUGGUCUUGUAUGUCUUCCAUUUCCUAAUAAUUGCUCCCACAGUUGAUUUCUUCAAACCAAGCUGCUUACCUAUUGCAGCCUGGUGCAGGUCUACAAAAUUGUAGCCUGGUGCAGGUCUACAAUUUUGUUUCUGGUGUCCUUUGACAGCUCUUUGGUCUUGGCCAUAGUGGAGUUUGGAGUGUGACUGUUUGAGGUUGUGGAAAGGUGUCUUUUAUACUGAUAACAAGUUCAAACAGGUGCCAUUAAUACAGGUAACGAGUGGAGGACAGAGGAGCCUCUUAAAGAAGAAGUUACAGGUCUGUGAGAGCCAGAAAUCUUGCUUGUUUGUAGGUGACCAAAUACUUAUUUUCCACCAUAAUUUGCAAAUAAAUUCAUAAAAAAUUCUACAAUGUGAUUUUCUGGAAUUUUUUCCUCAAUUUGUCUGUCAUAGUUGAUGUGUACCUAUGAUGAAAAUUACAGGCCUCUCUCAUCUUUCUAAGUGGGAGAACUUACACAAUUGGUGGCUGACUAAAUACUUUUUUCCCCCACUGUAUGUGUGUGCAUUUACGGGUGCAUGUGUGUGUGUGUGUAUGUGUGUACUCCAGCCCUCUCUGUGCUGUCAAGCCCUCUCCUCUCCUUUCUCUUCUCUCCUCCUCUCUGCUUGCGGCGCAUUGGGAUGCAAAGCGUUCUACGUCGAGGGCAAGCCAGGCUAAGAAAAGCGCUUUAAUGUUGCAAAAACAAGCCCAUCGGUGCAUGCCCGUGAAAGGAUCUGUGUGUCUGUUCUGACUUCAAAACUCCCCAGGCAGGCAUCACUCUGCCAUCCUCUUCUAACAGAACCUCCCAAGAGAACUACCACCACACUCAUUUCUCCUUCUCUCUCCCCUCCCUCCUUGUCUCUCUUCCUCUUGUCGCUCUCUUUCUUUCUCUCUCUCUCUCUUCCUCUGCUCCCAUGAGGCAGGUCCAAAUUGCUUUGCCGGAACGACGAUCAUCCCAGCCGGUAUUGAAGUGAAGGUGGACGACUGCACCAUUUGCCGCUGUCACAAUGGGGACUGGUGGAAGCCAGCACAGUGCCUGCGCCGGGAGUGCCUCAACGGCCAGACGUUGUCAUAG